AUCUGUGAGGGGAGAAUGUGUUCUGCUUGUCCUAACCUUCAGUUGCACCAUGGCGCCUCCGGAGAAGAAGGAUGAACUCACCUGGAUGCAUGUACUUGUACGUGUCUUUCUUAAUUCUACAACACAUCCCAUCGAAUAUGCCAAAGUUCUCAUUCAGUUGGGUCAUGAGCCUCUGAAGCCCUACAAAUCAAGAACAGUAUUUGGGAGAGAGGCUUUCUACUACCCCAGUGUUUUCAGCUAUAUUGUACACAUCAAGAAUCGUGAUGGAUUCUUUGGUUGCUACCGUGGACUGGGAGCAAAGCUCACAGCCAACAUUGUUAGUGGGAUUGCUUUCCAGAGAGUUACUGAGAGCAUCAAAUUCCAGGAGUUUGAUGAUGACGUGAUUGAAGUUGAAAACCUCACCAUUAAGGAGAGGACACAGAGAUUCCUCCAGAACACUUCUCGGGAGACUGCUGGCAGGGCAGCUGCUAUCUUAGUGUCACAGCCUUUCCAUGUCAUUGCUGUACGGUGCAUGGCUGAAUUUGUUGGAGAGGAAGGAAAAUACACAGGAAUAUUUACUGCCGUGGGGAUCAUCUAUAAGGAACAAGGAGUUAAGGGAUUCUUCUGUGGGUUGAUUCCUCGGCUGCUGUGUGACCUGACUGCCCUGUGGCUUGGCAAAACACUUGCUCACAUAAUCAACAACUAUUUAUUGGAAGAUCGAGAUUUAAAGCAAUAUGUGUCUGCAUCAAUGAAUUUUUUGGCAUCUGCCAUGACUUAUCCCCUCCAAGUAGUUGCAAACUGCAUGGCAGUGUCUGGCAGUGGAUUAGCUGCUGGUUCUCCACCAAAUAUGCCCAUUUUCAGUGGCUGGAUGGAUUGUUACAGCCACUUGCGUCAAAUUCGAGGACUGAAGCGAGGUUCUUCCAUGUUGUGGCGGCCUUUCACAGGCCCCACCAUGAUGAUGGGUGGUAGUUUGGAAAUCCCAUCCUCAUCCAUGUUCUCUACACCAUCUGUCUCUUAAGACCACUAGUAGUCUUGGGAUCUUUUCAAGUCAUUUUAAGCUGCCAAUAUAUUGGAUGUUUGUGAUUUGAUAUUGUAUGAUGUACAUUGUUUGGGAACUUUACUUUUACAGCAGUUCAUAGAUCAAAGAAACUUUACUUUUACAGCAGUUCAUAGAUCAAAGAAACUUUGUAUAUAUAUAUAUAUAUUUCAUUCACCUAAUUUUACAUAUGAGACAAUACCAUGGCCUUGCAGCACUGGAAUAAUAUUGAACAUUUUCAGAAAUGUAUAAAAGUAGCAGUAUCAAAUCAACUGACUUCAUAUAGAACUUUUACAGCAAUGGGAAAUGAGAGUAACAAAGUAAGAGUGAAAAUUUAGUCAGUGUUCUUUACGGAGUUCACAGUGCAUGUUUUUUUAGGUACCGAUUUGAAGUUAUUAGAUAUGCUUUUCUUAGCAGUGCUAGAUGGACUUCUGAAACCAAUGGAAUGCUUGUAUAUGUAUUAGUAUUAGGUAAUACAUAUAGUAAGGCACCAAAGUGCAUAAUUACAUGUACAUACCAAAUAUGAAAUAGUGUGAUUGUAAUGUACCAGUAUCUGUAUCAGUAAAUGAUAAAUCUAGUGA